ACUUUUUCCUCUGUCGACGGCCGUCGUCAUGUCCAACAACAAUGCCAGCAACAACUUGAUUAUCGCCCAGAGGGCCGUGAAGCAGCUCCGGUUAGAGGCCAGUAUCCGGAGGAUCAAGGUGUCCCAGGCGGCUGCUGAGCUGAGAAACUUCUGUCUGCAAAAUGCCUCUAAGGACCCUCUCCUGGUCGGGGUCCCCUCCAGUGAUAAUCCCUUCAGACCCCCCAAGUCCUGCUCCUUGUUCUGAGAAAGAAACCUGGAGGACUUCUGAAGGCUUUCUUCAAUUGUCCUUGAUGUCUCUGUAGAUCUACCAGCUCUUCUUUGGAUUAUGCAAAAUGGGAAUGAUUUUUUUUGGGGGGGGGGGGGGGCUGGGCUGGGCUAGGCUACCAUUUGUUUGCUAAAAAAUAAUGGUAUCAUAACUCACAUCUUUUACAUUCAAGCAGGGCCAAACUCUACAUGUUCAUAAAAAUUGUUUUGACACUAGCCUGACUAAUGAUUAAGCUGUUCUUGGUUUCCCUAGUGUUUAACAUGUCCGGUCUCAAUUUACUGGCUUAACACUGUCUGUCUCCAGUCAGUCAGAUGCAGCCCAUGUGAUUGGCUACUGAAAGUACCACUUCCUAUUGUAUUUUGUGUAGUAGGUGGAGAUACAAUCAAAUAUUAAUUUAAACCAAGUGCUGUUCAAGAAUGAGAAAAUGUGUUAUAUAUAUUUACACUGUGUUUCAUAUCGUGUCUUUAGAAAACACUAACUGUGUAUGUGGCCAACAGACAUACUGAUAGCUUCUGAGCUAAAAUGAUUGGUGUCUUAAACUACUCAUAUAUUUGUAGCAAUAGUGAAGGUGUUACUACUAUUGUGAGGUACAACAACAUGGUACAGAGUUUUAACCAUUUCAGUGCAGGGCAUGUGAUUGUCGAUUAACUGUUCAGCCCGUCCUUUUUCUGUAUAUAACAGCCUAUUAAGAUUGCUUUUAUCAACCUAUACCUGUUCCUGUCUUUAAUUUUAAAAAACAUGUCAAUGCCUUACACUUGUUUGAAUAGUGAAACCUGGUAGAAAGUUUAAUGUAUAUCACUUUAGUGCACAAAUGUUAAUAUCUAUUCAGAACUUCCAAAUAUAGAUUGUAUUUAAUGAAUCAUGCUGCAGUGACUUGUUAUAUUAAUUGACUUCCAAUCAACCAAAACUUUUACUACUGUUAAACUUUAUCUUUCUCAACUUUGCUACUGUGGGCGACCUUUUAGAAAUUAAAUUACUUUUUUGGACACUGA